AUGAUUCAGAAAAAUCCAGACGUCGUUGUGGUGGGUGCUGGUCCAACUGGACUUUGGGUGGCUGCGGAACUCACAAGGGCCAAACUCGACGUGGUCAUCAUCGAAGCGGUAACGACCAGAGACCCACGAUCCAGAGCCGUAGGGAUGGCAGCUGGCACGCUCGAGACAUUUGCGACCCGGGGUGUGGCAGAACAGUUUGUCGAUUCUGGAGUCCCGAUUUCCUCUGUACAUUUCGGCGCUGCCUCCACGCGAUUGCAGAUUACCGAGGAGCUACUGGGAACAAAAUAUCCUUACAGCAUCUGUAUCCCGCAAGUGGUCACCGAGAAUAUUCUCACCGAGCACUGUGCUGCGAUGGGUAUGCACAUUCGAUGGGGACAACGCGUGGUGGGCUUGAGCCAGACAGGGGAUGCCGUUACAGUCACUAUGGAAUCAUCCAGUAGCGAGCGCUCUACGGUGACGGCAUCUUGGGUCAUUGGAUGUGACGGCGGCAGGAGUAGUGUCCGCCAGUAUGCCGGGAUUGAAUUCCCAGGGACUUCCAGCACCAUAACCGGCUGGUUGGCGGAUGUCCUGCUCAAAGACCCUCCAGGCCACCCGGUAUCGGUCAGGGGCCCGACCGGAUCUCUAUUGGUGCAGCGGAUGGGCAAAGGCGAUUAUUAUCGCAUGGCCGGUGUCGAUGUCGAGACGAAGCAUUUUCCGACUAGCGCUCCCCCAACACUAGAGCAGAUUUGCGGUUGGGCCAAAACACUAUACGGCACGGAUUUCGGGGCACAUUCUCCAGUUUGGCUGUCUCGGUACGGCAAUGCAACACGUCUGGCGUCCAGUUUGCGUCACGGCCGAGUCUUCAUCGCCGGCGACGCUGCACACCAGUUCUUCCCUGCGGGCGGCCAAGGCAUCAACACCGGCUUGCAGGACGCGACCAAUCUAGCCUGGAGGAUCGCCGCCGUUCGGGCUGGAAGAGUGACAGGAAUGUCGGCAGAACAGCUCCUGGAUGGCUACAGUACGGAAAGGAGGCUAGCCGCUAGCCAAGUCAUUCUCAGCACAGGGGCCGGGUUGUCUGCGUUCAUGGCCAGCGAACCCUAUGACAUCGCUCUGGUCACCGUCUUCUCGGAGGCGUUGGAAGACAAGGGCCUGAAUGGUAAAUGGGCUCUCCGCAUGACAGGCUUCGGGGAUCCAUUUCCACAGGCUUCGGUGGAGCAAGAUCCUCUGAUCGAAGCCAGACUUACUCAUGUCAAAUUCCAAGGCGCCUUUGACAACCUUCACCGACGUAUGACAGUGACUAACUUCGUCCUGAUCGUGCUAGAUCCGGUAUUGGAGCAGACAAUGAAACAAGCAGUGAAGCCUUGGAAAACAUGGAUCACCCUCAUUUCCUCAGAAGAUAAGCCGUCGGCAUAUGGUGACCAGUGGAAGGGCGUUACGGGUAUACUUGUGAGGCCAGAUGCCCGAGUGGCAUGGGUAGGGAGGUCGUCACCGGACAAGGUAGAGGGCCUCGCGGCUACCAUGCAAAGCUAUGUUGGUGACGGCGAGCUCAUCUCUGCUGUACUCUAA